AUGCGGCAAAUCGAGCUGCCUUGUGGCAUUGAGAUAGACGGCGAAAGACUUCAAUACUUGAUGUUUGCAGACGACAUAGUCUUGAUUGGAAGCGAACCGAGUGCACUCGAAAGCUCCCUGAAUAUUUUGAGCGAAGCCUCCCGAUCCAUUGGACUUGUAAUACAUCCAGGAAAAACCAAAUGGAUGAAAAACAACUACACCAAUGACUAUCGUUUAUGCAUGAAAGGAUCAGUCAUUGAAGAAGUCUCAUCGUACACCUAUCUUGGCCAAGCAAUAACGAUGGAUAAUGAUCUUACAAAGAAAUCAGCCGGCGUCGAAAGGCGGGAUGGGCCACAUUUAACAAAUACCGAGAUGUUCUCACCGAUAGACGGAUUGAAACUCAAAUAA